AUGCGGCGGCGGCAGCGGGAGCAGCGGGAGCAGCGGGAGCAGCAGCAGCAGCAGCGGGGCCGGGCGUUGCCGGGCGCCGUCGGGGCGCUGUGCCGGGCCCUACCGCCCCGCGGCCGGCCUGCCCCCGACACCCUCCGCCGCGCCAGGUUCGACCGGCCGCAGGCGAGCCUGGAUUUCUGGAGGCUGCUGUACACUCUUCUGAAACAAAUCCACGGAGGCAAGUGGACAGAGUCUGAUGCCAUAGAUAACCAAAUUAGGUUUGUAAAGUCAGCAUUGUGGUACCAUGGCUAUGGCAGGCCAGAACUCUAUCGGCUCCCCUCCGACGGCUCAGCGGGUAGUCGGGAGCUGCUGCUGGCGUUUUCCUGGCUGCUGCACAGACUCAGCCUCUUGGAGCAGCUUUUGGCUCGGAACAGAGUAAAGACUGGGGAUGAAACCUCUGUGUGCACGUGUGAAGAUGAUUUGCCUAACAGCCAGAAAGGUACAACUGAAAUAGCACCUGAAUAUGAGCUAGAAGACAGAGUAGAUGUUCGAUAUCUUCAGUGGUUAAAUGGGAGGCUGAGGUUCCAGUGGCGCAGUUUGCAUGCUCAGCACCAAGAGCAGUGCAAACUUUUGCACAAGAUCCAUUUAUUCACUAGUGGCUCCCAUAUGGACCAGAUCCUUGGACAUUUUUCUGUCACAGAAACAGAUCUCGUUAGACAACCGGAGAACUACAAGCAGCUGCUACAGCUUCUGGAGUCUGAAACCAUGCAGCUGGAAGCCUUUCUGGAGUGGAAGCAACUGGAACCAGUUUAUUGGCAGUGGAUGGAAACUGUGUUAGAUAAUAUGGCUGAAGAGGGAAAUAUGUGUGAGUCCCAGGACGCUCGUGGAGAGAAAAGUGGGCUGCCAAAGGCGACCUCGUGCUGCCCCUGGGCUGUCAGUCUGACUGGGCAAAUUGACAGAUUAUCCAGAGAUCUAAUGACUCUCCGUGACCAACUGCAUAAGCUUGUGACUCACCGAAAGGCUGCAUGGUGUGAGAAGGUGAAAACAAGAGCGGAAGAACUACAGAAGGAGGGGUUCUCUGCCACUGCUAGAAAGGUACAGGAAAGUGUUGAACUAAAACUGCUAGAUCUUACACACCUUUGUGCUCCAAAAAAAAAUAAAAUGCACGGUUCGUGCAGACUGGUGUUCAGAAGCAAACAUCCUGCCAGCAAAAUGGGCUUCGGUAGGUCUGUAUCCAAGGAGCGUGUUUCAGCUGUCAGUGCUACAGAGGUGAUCAGAGCACUGCAGAUGAGAGAGGCCAGCCUGGCGAGAGAGCUGAAGCAGCUGCAGGAAGAGUGCAGGCAGAGGCUGGGUGAAAUUGCAGAAGGGUUGGAUGGAGUGAUUUGUAUCUCCCCUUGAAGAGAUAAAGCUGGACUGAGAAGAGCAAAGGAGUAGACUGACUCGAUCAGAACACGUUGUGCAGCUUGGCAUGGGGGAGUGCGAGGUGAGAAACCAAAUGUAAUUUUUAAUUUUUAAGCCUGGGAAUCAUAACUUGUUACUGCUUUGUGACUUGCACUGGGGCAAUAACCUUGAUGGUUCUCUCUGCAGCCCCUUUAUUGCUAACCUUGCCAAUUAAAUUCUGCAGUAGGCCUUGGUGGGAGUGUGCGUAAAUCUCCCUUUUAUCUUUCGGAUUUCUAGUUCUUCUGCCAAGCACUGGACUCUUUUACAGUGCUCAGCUGCGAGGCACGGCAUACAUUGAGGCUGUGCGUAGAAGUACUAAUUGCAUUCAAUAUUUUCCAGCAAAUGGAAGAGUUCAUUAGUCAAAGAAAUCCAGGUAUUGGAGAACAUGCAAAGUACCGAGGCUUAGAGAGAUUGGAAAUGUUCAAGAAAGUGUGCUGUUUUAAUUCAGCUGGUUUGCGUAUUUGUGGCAGCUAUAAUGCAGUCACCAUAAGGAAAAACAAAUGCCUAAUAAUAAAUAAAGCAGCACACUGAUUUCAUUUACUGGUGUGAUGCACUUGAAGUAAUUGGGUUCUCAAAGAGAACAAACUAGAAACCCAUUCCACCGAGUUAUGGGUCACAAUUAGAUAACUUAUGGAUCUGCUAUAGGAAGUUUCUGUAAAAUAGAAAUACGACCUUAACUUCCAAGCUUGAGGAGUCUCCAAGCUCUGUCUCUGGAGGCUUCUUCCCCUGGAACAUGCAAAUGUUUUCACUUGGCAUUCAUUUCCUACCCUUUUCUGUUUUGCUUUCACCAAGGAAUAUUUUUAUAUUCUAGUUGUACACUUU